AUGCCUUCCUUUAACCGGGCUAUAUCUGUCCUCGCCGUAACGGCGAUUGUAUCUGUGGACGCUGCUAUGGGCCCUGCCUUCAGCACUGGUCCUGUAUCGGACAACUCCUUUAUUCGCGAAUCGACCGCGACUCUGGUCCUACCUAAGGGUCCUAGCGGAAGCUCUGGAGAUGCCUCCCUCUGGGUCGGAAUGGGCACCUCUAACGGCGAUUUGAUUCAAUCUAUCGCCGAUAACUGGGAAUCCAGUGACUGGAGUAUCUUUGCCUACACCCUCUUAUCGACUAGUGCCACCACCCAGAUGCCUGUUCAGGGCGAUUCCUCUACCGCCACCGCUGGAGAUAAGGUGACGAUGCAUUACAAAUUCGACGACUCCACAGGCAACUAUACCCAAACAGUUCUUGUCAACGACAAGACCGUUUCUACUCUGUCUACCAGCGAUGGAAAAGCCCUGGGCUGGGGCAGCGCCGUUGAGUGCGCCGCAGAUAACUGUGGCACCAUGCCCGCUCACUCUUGGAUCAACGCCAAGAUUAUCCUGGACGUCGCCGAUCCUGAUUACAUCAACACUAUGAGCAAGGGAGCCGGUGUCUCUGGAAGCAUGUUGACCACCGAUGGUGGUAAGACCUGGACCAUUGGUACCAUCGAGAUCCCCGAAUACACUUUCGGCAGUGCUUCGUAA